CUCCGAGUGUCCACACCCUGUGUGUCUCUCUGUCCUGCCAGCACUGAGGGCUCAUCGAUCCGCAGAGGAGGGCAGUGGGAGGAGACGCCAUGACCCCCAUCCUCACAGUCCUGAUCUGUCUCGGGCUGAGUCUGGGCCCCAGGACCCACGUGCAGGCAGGGAUCCUCCCCAAGCCCACCCUCUGGGCUGAGCCAGGCUCUGUGAUCAUCCAGGGAAGUCCUGUGACCCUCAGGUGUCAGGGGAGCCUUCAGGCUGAGGAAUACCAUCUAUAUAGGGAAAACAAAUCAGCAUCCUGGGUUAGACGGAUACAAGAGCCUGGGAAGAAGGGCCAGUUCCCCAUCCCAUCCAUCACCUGGGAACAUGCAGGGCGCUAUCGCUGUCAGUACCACAGCCACAAUCACUCAUCAGAGUACAGUGACCCCCUGGAGCUGGUGGUGACAGGAGCCUACAGCAAACCCACCCUCUCCGCUCUGCCCAGCCCUGUGGUGACCUCAGGAGGGAAUGUGACCCUCCAGUGUGGCUCACAGGUGGCAUUUGACAGCUUCAUUCUGUGUAAGGAAGGAGAAGAUGAACACCCACAACGCCUGAACUCCCAGUCCCAUGCCCGUGGGUGGUCCUGGGCCGUCUUCUCCGUGGGCCCCGUGAGCCCGAGUCGCCGGUGGUCAUACAGGUGCUAUGCUUAUGACUCGAGCUCUCCCUAUGUGUGGUCUCUACCCAGUGAUCUCCUGGAGCUCCUGGUCCCAGGUGUUUCUAAGAAGCCAUCACUCUCAGUGCAGCCAGGUCCUAUGGUGGCCCCUGGGGAGAGCCUGACCCUCCAGUGUGGCUGUGAUGUCGGCUACGACAGAUUUGUUCUGUAUAAGGAGGGAGAACGUGACUUCCUCCAGUGCCCUGGUUGGCAGCCCCAGGCUGGGCUCUCCCAGGCCAACUUCACCCUGGGCCCUGUGAGCCCCUCCCACGGGGGCCAGUACAGAUGCUACGGUGCACACAACCUCUCCUCCGAGUGGUCGGCCCCCAGUGACCCCCUGGACAUCCUGAUCACAGGACAGUUCUAUGACAGACCCUCCCUCUCGGUGCAGCCGGGCCCCACAGUAGCCCCAGGAGAGAACGUGACCCUGCUGUGUCAGUCACGGGGGCAGUUCCACACUUUCCUUCUGACCAAGGAGGGGGCAGCCCAUCCCCCACUGCAUCUGAGAUCAGAGCACCAAGCUCAGCAGAACCAGGCUGAAUUCCCCAUGGGUCCUGUGACCUCAGCCCACGCGGGGACCUACAGGUGCUACAGCUCACUCAGCUCCAACCCCUACCUGCUGUCUCUCCCCAGUGAGCCCCUGGAACUCGUGGUCUCAGAAGCAGCUGAGACCCUCAGCCCAUCACAAAACAAGACAGACUCCACGACUACAUCCCUAGGCCAACACCACCAGGAUUACACAGUGGAGAAUCUCAUCCGCAUGGGUGUGGCUGGCUUGGUCCUGGUGGUCCUCGGGAUUCUGCUAUUUGAGGCUCAGCACAGCCAGAGAAGCCUACAAGAUGAAGCCGGGAGGUGAACAGCAGAGAGGACAAUGCAUCCUUCAGCAUGGUGGAGCCCCAGGGACAGAUCUGAUGAUCCCAGGAGGCUCUGGAGGACAAUCUAGGACCUACAUUAUCUGGACUGUCUGCUGGUCAUUUCUAGAGACAGGAAUCAAUAUUUGAGUGCAAAGAAACUGUCUGGGGUGAUUCCUAGAAGAUCAUUAAACUGUGGUACAUUUUUUUGUCUAUGAAUGUUGACUUCCCUUGACUGGAUCCCCUUUUUUUCCCAUCCCCAGACAUGAGGCUCCAUCCCACAUGUCACCGUUGGGUCCACAACUCUGCACACCUGCAUGCUCUGGUCCAUGGCAUGUGACACAGUCUUCCUUAUUCCUCAUUGUCACACUCCUUGAUGUCACUUACUGAGUCCCCAUCUCUUCAGUUCAGAGAUCCAAACCUGAACCACCAACUAAGUCAACGACAGGAGAUCAGAUUCCAACCAGGAAAACAUAAAUCCACCCUGCUGCCCUGACACCCUCUUUGUACCCUAUGAGCCCUUCCCUCUUUCUCAGAUGCUAUCUGUGUAAUUUCUCCUGAAAUAUCACCACUUGGAAUCAUAACACUGGCAUUUCAAGUGACACCACAGCUAUGCUGAUUCUGAAAAAGACAUCUCUAAAAUGCUGUAAUUAGUGGUAUCUACCAAUUUCUGUGACAUAAAUAUUUUUCUCAUGGCCCAAAUCAAGGUGCCAAUGGGUUCUCACUGAAUACAGGGUUGGGAAGCAAGGGACAGAACUGUCUUCACUAAUGAGCACCAGGGACCUGUGGCACAUCCCACUGAGAGCUCACCCAUAUACCUACAGUCCUUUCUAUUUCAGAGGCAAUGAUCACUUCUACUUCAGUGUUAUGGCACAGGUCAAAUGAAAUUCUGACACUGUUAUCCUAGCAUAUCCACAAAAGACAAACCUAUUAAUAUCUGAUGUGGGAGAUAACACGGCUCACUUAAAAAUCAAAGUACAUGCCGGGCGCGGUGGCUCACGCCUGUAAUCCCAGCACUUUGGGAGGCCAAGGCAGGCAGAUCACGAGGUCAGGAGAUCGAGACCAUCCUGGCUAACAUGGUGAAACCCCGUCUCUACUAAAUACACAAAAAAAUAUUGGCCGGGCGUGGUGGUGGGUGCCUGUAGUCCCAGCUACUCAGGAGGCUGAGGCAGGAGAAUGGCGUGAACCUGGGAGGCGGAGCUUGCAAUGGGCCGAGAUUGCUACACUGCCCUCCAGCCUGGGCGACAGAGCAAGACUCCGUCUCAAAAAAAAAAAAAAAAUCCAAGUACAACAUAAGAAAAAUGUUAACAGAACUAUGCAGUUUCGAUGAAAGAAUUUUUUUUGAGAUGGAGUUUCGCUUUGUUGCCCAGGCUGGAGUGCAAUGGCACAAUCUCGGCUAACUGCAACCUCCACUUCCCAGGUUCAAGCAAUUCUCCUGCCUCUGCCUCCUGAGUAACUGGACUACAGGUGUGCACCACCUUUCCCGGCUAUUUUUUGUAUUUUUAGUAGAGACGGGGGUCUCGCCAUGUUAGUGAGGCUGGUCUUGAACUCCUGACCUCAGGUUAUCCACCUGCCUCAGCCUCCCAGAGUGCUGGGAUUACAGGUGUAAGCCACUGUGCCCAGCUGAUGGAAGAAUUCUUAAAUGACUCGUCCUACUUUCUGCGGGUCCAGGCACUCCUUGGCUUGGGGCAGCAUCCCACCAGUUUCUGCCUCCAUCUUCUCAAUUCUUACACCUACCUGGUUCCCUCUGUCUUCACACCCAUUCUUCUGUGUGUGUCUUUUCUCUUCUUCAGAUAAUGAUAUCACUCAGAUCAGAUUAGGACUCAUCCUAAUUCGUUAUGAUCCCUUGAUCAUAACUUAAAUGCAUUUGCAAAGACUCUAUUUCCAACUAUGUUCACAUUUAUAGCUAAUGGGGUUCAGGAUUUCAACGUGUAUAUUAGGGGGAACAAGUCAAUUUAUAACAGUGUCUACAAGAAAAGUAUGAAUAGAAAUACAUUUAACCAAAUACAAAAAUUAGGUGGGUGUGGUGGUGCACACCUGUAAUCCCAGCUACUCAGGAGGCUGAGACAGGAGAAUCACGUCAACCCAGGAAACAGAGGUUGCAGUGAGCUGAGAUCUUGCCAUUGCACUCCAGCCUGGGCAACAGAGUGAGAUUCUGUCUCAAAAAAAAGAGAAAUACAUUUAACCAAAGAGAUGCAAUACGUAUACACUGACAAUUUUAAAAUACUGCUCAAAGAAAUAACAAAAGACCUAAAUGAGGAAAAAGUCAUCCCAGUAUCAUAAAUCAAAAGGCUUAAAAUUAGUUAUCUCCCUCUAGGGAACCUAGACUAAUACACUCACCCCCUCUCCUUGUUCGGAGGCUCUCCUGGCUAUCAGCUUUUCUCCUCUGUGCCUUCCAUGUCCCUGUGGUUCUCUGGUGAUCCCCAUCAUGCUGUCUUAGAAGAUCCACUUAGAAUUUCGGUAUUUACUCACCAUUUUGAUUCCUCUUAAUGAGACAGGCACAUGCCAGCUGUUUCCAUUCAUCCAACCUGAACCUGAGCCCCUGAUCAUUUUUUCUACCACUUUUCAGUCCUGGGAAACUCAGUCCCAAUGUGCUUGUCAUUCAUUUGAGAAUAAUUUUCAUUUUCUCCAGUAGUUUUAAAAUUACUUUGUAUCUAUUCUAGAUAUCGUUUGCUCUAUCAUAGUUAAGACAUUAAUGUUAUUUAUAAAUUUGUGCACAUUAAACUCAUGAUCUUUCAUUUUUGUAAAAAUGUCAACUAUUUUCUUUGCAAGUAUUUACUGACUAACAUACUCCUUAUUUCCUUCGUUCUGAAAGUGUGACACAUAGAGAUAUAUCUGUUUCCUCUUCUCACUCUGUUCCUUGUGUGCAUUAAUUAUCUUUUCUAUUUUUUUAUUUCUAGUUUUUCUCCGAUGAUUAAUGAAAAAUUUAAUAAAUAUUCUACACCAA